AUGGCCACUCCCGCCCGACCCGACUUCGACCGCCGUCGCUCUUCCUCACGAACUCGCGACGCCCAGCGAUCGGUCCCGACGAGUCCAGUCGGCAGUCCUCCUCAACUACAGAGCAUCCUCAAGCGCCAUCCAGCGGACCAAGAACGUCGAGCGCGUAUCGAUGGACCCAGCUCGCCCGGGACAGGCGGCGUAGAAGGAGGAAUCGCCUCGCUUGCGGUGGGGGACUCGUCGGCUGAGGCGCUGAGCGCUGAGACGAGCGGGAGGGACACGCCGGCUUGGGUUGCGACGACGGUUGAUAGCAAGACUGGGUUCAUCAGGAGGGUUGCGUUCAAUACGUUUGAUGCGGGCGAGGAACUCGAGGGAAAGGCCAAGGCGACCGGCGGAGGGACUGGCAUCCACUACUCGUUCACCUUGUCGGCCAAGUCCGCCAUUUACUGCCGGAGCCGCUGGAGCCGGACUUUCCUCGUUGCGACUGACUUGAACGAGUACUCGGUCAACGCGACAAACUGGCUCCUUACGUCCUUCCUCGAGGACAAUGAUGAAGUCGUCGUCCUGCGCGUUAUCGAGCCUGGCAGCUCGGCGCACAACGCGUGGAGGGCGAGUAUGGAGGAGGCGAAGGACGAGGCGGAGGGCGUGUUGGCGUACUUGAUGAAGAAGAACGGGGACACUAGACCGAUAUCGGUUAUCGUCGAGUUCGCCAUCGGUCCUAUAGAAGAGACGAUUCAUCGCAUGAUCGAAAUCUACAAGCCCGACUCUCUCAUCGUCGGUACUCGCGGACGACCAGACUCGCUCUUCAAGUCGGCGUUCAUGGGGUCCAUCUCUCGAUGGGCCGUCGCUCGCUCGCCUGUUCCCGUCGUCGUCGUCCGACCAGACGACAAAGUCCGAGAAGGGCUCGAGCGGCGACUGCAAGACCAGAAGCGCGGGCGGUCCUACGUCUCGCUGUUGUCGGAGAAGGAGCGCAAGCAGCUCAGCCAGUCGCAAGUCUCGGUCAAGGUUACGCCUGUCGAGGAAGGGUCCCGCACGACGACUUCGACGCCGCGACCUUCGACCGACACCUCCUCGCUAUCGGCUUCCAACGGUGCGCCGCUUGAACGGACGGUCACAGCGCCUGCCCAGGACGACAGAAGCGAUGACGAGGAGGAAGAUCCGCGAGCCGGCGCCGCACCAGCGCGCACGACCUCGUCCAAGGGCAACAGCAGCAGCGGAGGCGGGUUGAUGGCCGCCCUCGGGUUCGGGAAGAAGAAGGACAAGGGCAAGGAGUUCAAGCGUUUCGGAACGUUCUCGUAG